CUUAUUGUCCAUAUGCGGCAACUAUUUAGUAUUUUCAAUUUUGUCAUAGUAUAGUCUAUAACGUCCCUAUGGUGUGUCUACAAUGUACACAGCAAUACAGACAAUAUAGCAUGUUAUGAACAUUUACCGUCCAUGACCGUUCGCGGCGGCUGCCGGUUUAGUUGUUUUCCGCUGUAAUACUGUACCUACUAAUGCAGUAAAUUUUCCGAUUUUUCUAACUUGUUAGUUGUUAUUACUACGGAUUCAGUGUUUUUGUUUUCUUUGUAAAUUGUGUUCCAAGUGUGACACGUCCGGUCAAGUUUACGUAAAAUAAAAUUUAUGGCGCAUAGUGUACACUCUUCAUGAGUCUUCGCGACCUGUUAUCACAUUGUACCGACACCAAUGUAUAUUUUUUUAACUAUUAUUUUGUUUGAUUCAAACUAUUUUCAACAAUAUUAGUUUUUGAUGUUUACUGUUUUGCUGUGCCGUUGUUUGAUCUGAGGCAGUAGCCGGUUAGGUCCGUGCUUGAUACCUCCUUUGGUAGUAGGUACGCACGCUACUCUGACUUGUUGCAUUCAACGUUAAAUUGUUAUUAAUGUAAAAAGGAAAAGUAUUUCUUGCCGUUUUUAAUUGAAGUGAAAUCUGCUUGUACGUGCGUCCAACUGUGUUAAAAUGUCAGAAAUUGAAAUCUCAUCUGCAAUGGACAGUGAACCAGACAUUGAUUGUAACAUGGAUAUGUUUCAACAGAUGAUAAAUUUAUGUCGAAACAAUAAAAAGUUUCCUCAGACGUAUGUUGAAGAUAUGAAUAAAAUGUACAAAAAAUGCGAUAAUAAGCAAAAAAAUUCAAAACAUUUAUGUAGUUUGGUACUUAAAGGAAUAGAAUUAAUUUCUCCAAAGAAUAAAGAUUCUUUUCAACAUGCUGCAAAUGUUUAUAAUGCAUUAUUGCAACUAACUAAAAAAGACUAUAAUCCUGUACUGAUUGAAGAGUGUAUUGCUAGUACUUCAAAUGGUAAUGACAUUACGACUUCUGAAUUAGAGAAUGGCACAAGUAACAAUGAAAUUAGUGAAAGCGAUAAAAUAUUCAAAGAAUUAAUUGAAAAAUGUUAUCAAAAUAUAAAUUUUCCAAAUUUAAAUAUUGAAGCAAUUGAUAAAUUGUAUAACUCUCUGCCAUCUGAAUUCCUUAGUUCUAAGUAUUUUAUUAAGUUGUUAAGAGAAGCAAAUCAAGUAAUCUGGCCUGAUAGUGGUAUCAAUUUAUAUACACAUUUGGAACAUAUAUAUGAUCAAUUACAGCAAUUUAAAACUUCAAUGAAAGUUCAAGAUAGCAGAACAUUUGGUGACAAUGAUGAAAUGAGCAGAAAGAAAUCAAUACAGCUAAAAAAACUAAAAACUGUAUUGAAGGUUAUCCGAAAAAAAAUUAAAAUGCUCGAUGAAGAAGAAAUGGAUAUAAAUAAUGAUGAUGAAUUUAGUUAUGAUUCCGCAUAUUUAUUAAAAGACAAAUAUGAAAAAAGAAUUGUUGAAAUUUAUAAACGAAUGUGCAAACUAAAUAAUGAACCAGACUUUUUAGAAGAACCUGUAUUGCGUUUUAAAGCAACAAAUGACAGCUUGGUUAAUAAAACCAUUGAGAAAUGGUAUAAUAUUAAUAAAACAUUUCCAGAUUAUUUUGAAAUAUAUACAUUAUUAAAAUGCUUACAAGAAAAAAAAAAUUUAAAAUGGACUGAAACUGAAUUGAAAAAUAUUUCACAAGAUGCGUUUCUUAAGCUUGGGAAACAAUUAAAGCUUCAAAGACUGAAUGAUUAUUUUGGUCGUCUGGCAAAUGCUAGUACAAUGAAAGAUCCAGCAGAAGAAAAUGAAGACCUUAGAAAGAAACUUGAUGAAAGUAACAAAAAGUUACAUGCAGAUUUGAACAUGUUGACCAAAAAGUAUGAAAAUAAACAAAAUUAUGCAGAGGAAACAGAAGGGUCUAAUCUUAAUGAUACAGAAUGUGAAUAUAGUUCAGAAAAUGAAUAUUCUGAUAAUGAUAGAAAAUUAAAUAAAAAGGCCAAACCCAUAUUAAUUAAACGGAAAAGGGUAUCAGAAUCAGAAUCAGAAUCAGAAUCAGUAUCAGAAUCAGAAUCAGAACAUGAUAAACAACCAAAAAAGAGUCAGAAAACUAUGUAUAUGGAGUCAUUUAAUUUAGCGCCAAUAAUUGUUACUGAAAAAGUUCCUAAUCAAAUAACAGUUAUAGACAAUGUUGAUGAUACAAUAAAUAAAAACAAUAUUAUUGAUAUAGUAAAAGAUGCUGACAAAAUAUCAAAAAAUACUAAUGAUAUUAUGUCAAAUGGUGAAACAAAUAAUGUUAACAGAAAAGCUUCCAACAAAAUCUAUAUUAAAAAGGUUUCUGAAGAUGUUUUGAAAAUAGUAGAUGCUAAUACCGAUGAAAGUAAUAAUUUAGUCACAGAACGAUCUCUUGCGGAUACUGAUGCAGAUGGAAUCCUUGUGAUUGAUGAAGAUAUUAAUGUUAAGAAUGGAACAGUUACCAAAGAACCGUUGGAAAAUAAAAUUAGAGAAGUAGAUAGUGAAGAAAGUGCUAUGAAUCAUAGUACUAUAUCUAUUGAUAGUGAAGUUAAAAGUCCAAUUGAAGGAAUUGAGCCUGAAGUAAUAAUAAAAGAAUUGCACAAAGAUAAAGAUUCUUCAAAAGAUGUAAUUGAGAUCAAUGAACUCGAUGAUUCAGAUUUAGAAAUAACUUGUGAAACACCUAAAGUUCCUGUUCAAAAUAAGAAGUCACUACAAAAUAUUAUAGAAUCUUUGAAUUUUGAUAAGCAGUAUUCAUGGAAGAAUGAUUCAAAGAACAAUUCAAAGAAUGUCAAUUCUUCACCAUCUCAUACUUCACAUCAAAAUCCAAAUAAUUCAAACCAGAAUUUGAACCAAAAUUUUGUCAAUUGUUGGAUUAUGAACAAUGUACAACCUUCUAGACCAAAUAGCACAAACAAUGUACGACCUUUUAGACCAAAUAGCACAAACAAUGUACGACCUAGACCAAAUAGCACAUACAAUGUGCCUAACAUCAGAAAUAAUAAUAGAUAUCAAAGGAUGCAGUCAACUUCUAUUCAAAAUAAUGUACAAACCGCAAGACAAUUUACUCAACGUAUUUCAAAUACAGUUCAACAACAAAGAAAUGUAAUGAAUAAUCAAUCAGUAUUACGAGAACAAGUAACAACCAUGACUACAACAACUACAGUUCGACAAAUAGUUCAGAAAAAUCAAGUCCGCCGGCCCACUAUGACUAAUAAUGGUAAAAAACCUGAACUUAUAGAACUCGAUUAGUGUUUAAUGAUAUAAAUAUAUUCUUUAUGAUAUAUUAUAAUAUUUUUAUUUUCAAUGUUAGUUCUGGAAAAAAUAAUUGUACUAUCAGAUUGUUCCAAAAUGUUAUCUAAACUAAAUUUAAUAUUUUAAAUUGUAUUUAUACAAAUUAUUGAAUUUAAUGAAGAGGCUAUAUAUAUAUAUAUAUAUAUAUAUUAGUCUUAAUAUCAGAAUAUUCUUUGUGAUUGUAAGUUUUUUAAACUAAGAUCUUAUUAAAUAAUUAUCUUAAACAAAUUGUUUUCCUUUUAUUUAUUUGAAUAAUAAUAAAAACUAUUUGAUGUUGUGUAUAACAUUAUGUAUAUAAUAUGUAAAUAUAUUGUUAAAAAAUACAUGUUUUAAAAAACAAGAGAGUCAUUUUGAAUUUUGAAACUUCUUAGUAAUCAGUGAAAUUUUAUUUUGUGUUAUUCCACUCUGCUCAUCUAAAUUUGAAAUAUUUAAAACUAAUUAAAUUCCUGUUAGAAAUUUGGUUUGUAUAUAUAAAAACUCAGAAAAAUAUUCUGAUUCUGUAUGAAAUCAAAAAUGUAUGUUUUCAGUGUUAAAAAAAUCAACUAGUAUAUAUUUAUUAUAACCAUUAGUUUAUAAUGUUAUUGAAUAAAAUUAUUUUCUCAAAUAUUAA